AUGUCAACAUCCACCCAACCAAUUCCCCUCCACCCCCGCACCUCCCCCACACCAUCAACAAGAACACCACCAACCCUCCCCACCCUCCUCCAAACCCCCUCCGGGCUCGCCCUCCUCGAGCUCCAAGGCACCAUCAACCUGCCCCCCACGCCGCCCACCCUCACCUCCUCCCAACCACUCUCCCCCCCGCCCCCCAUCCCCAUCGGCCGCCUGCACUUUCCCGACUAUGUCCCUGGCGGCGACAGCACGGCCUGGAUGAAGCGCGCGUGGCUGUUUGUGGGCGAGAACCAGCGGCUGCAGGGCGAGGUGAAGAAGCUGCCGAGGGCGGUGGCCGUUUUGAGGAGGAGGAGGGGGAGCCGGGGGAGGGGGGUUGGAGGGGGGGAUGGGGAGCGUUUGCUGUGCGAGAUGGUCAUAGCUGUGUUCUGUGGGAAUUCGUUAAUGAAAAUAUGA